AUGUCUGGUCUUCUGGGAAAAUUGGCCGGUCAGGUAUCUGGCCAACAGUCCGGCCAGCCUUCGGAAGGCUCCUCUGGGCUCGUGCAUAAAGUGACGGAUGCUAUCACCGGCCAAAAGCACCCGCAAGAUGGCCAGGGUUAUCCACCUACGUAUGGGAGCAAUCAAGAAGGGAGACCUUAUCCUUCAGAUACUAAGUUUACUUUCCGAGAACUUUGGCCUGUGCAUCCCCACAGGAGCAUUCGAACAAAGAGCCUAAUAUGUCAGGGCACUGAGAAGGUUAUUAUGGUCAGCCCGAAAACCAGAAUUCCUACGGCCAUCGCUACGAAGAUGGACACGGUGGUUACAGCAAUAGGAAUGACGGCUUUGGAGGCAAUGGCCGAUGAUACUACCCUAGUGAUCCCUUUAACGGCUACUCGGGUGACCACGGAGGCUAUGGCCCUGAUCCCCCAUGGAAGAGACCCUCAUCAGUAUCAGGCUGGUCACGGUGGACACGGCGCACCAGGUGGGUAUCAAGGAAAUGGCCAGGAUCACCAAGAGUAUUAUGGUGGACACAAUGCACCACCUAGCUACGAAGCCCAUGGGCAGUAUUCUGGUGGGCACAGUGCUCCUGGUAGCUAUGAGAGGCCCCACACUAAGUACCGUGGUCCGUAUAACGACAGUGGCCUCGGGGGUACACAAGGGGGCCAUGGAAGAGGCCACGGCGGAUACGAAGGAGCAUACCAUGGGCGGUGGUCACUGAUAUUAGGAUGCUAUGAAUCUACUGACGCGGGAUCAAAAACAUUCUCAUGUUCCACUCCAGACUAG